UAUUCAGGAGCAGAGGCAGAGCUGUCGAGAACCGAGUGUGGGCCGGGCCCGGAGGGGACGCCCGUCGAUGGUGUUUCUCCUCUUCUUCUUCUGCACCGGCCACCGGGGACCUCAGUUGCACGUGAAGCAAAGCGACAACCAAAUACAGCAGCCAGCAGCCUUUGCUGCAAUCUUGUCCAUAUCCAUGGCGCCAUCACGCACACCGGCGCCGCACAGCCGCACAGCCAUGCUAUAUCUUCUCCUCUUCCUCACCCCCUCGGCCCUCCAUAUCUCCAUCGUCAAGGCGCCGGAGCUAGCACCGGAGCAGGGGAUACGGCCGGCGCCGGCAAUGGCAGCGACAAGGGCAUCCUCGUUGCUGAUCUUGCUUCUCAUCAUCCAGCUGAACUUGCUCUUCCACCUCCCAGCUGGCUCCUCCUCCGUCACCGCCGUCGCGCAAGCAGCUGAUGAGCAACAGAACACCAAGCAGCAACACCGCCAGCCGGCGCUGGUGCAGUCGACGUGCAACUCGACCAGCUUCUACGACGUCUGCAUCGCGGCGCUCGCCGCGGACCCGUCCAGCUCCACGGCCGACGUCCCGGGCCUCUGCGCCAUCGCCGUCUCCGCGGCCGCCGCCAACGCCUCCGGCACGGCGGCGUUCCUCGGCAACGCCAGCAGCGACGCCGCCGCGGCGGCGGCGGGCACCCCGGAGGCGGCGGACUACCGCGCGCUGCUCCGCGCCUGCGCCGGCAAGUACGCGGCCGCGCGCGACGCGCUGCUGGAGGCGCGGGCGUCCCUCGCCCAGCAGGCCUACGACUACGCCUUCGUGCACGUCAGCGCCGCCGGCGAGUACCCCGCCGUGUGCCGGACGCUGUUUCGGCGCCGCCAGCAGCGUGGGGGCAGCAGCAGGCCGUACCCGCCGGAGCUGGCCAAGAGGGAGGAGGCGCUGCGGCGGCUCUGCACCAUCGCGCUCGACAUCAUCUCGCUGCUGCAAAAUCAGGAGCCCAAAUAGUAAUAUAAUGUGAUUGUCAGUCGGUUUUUAGUCCAUCUUCACGCAUAAGAGAGUACUAGUGAAAUGGAGCAAUGGUCGUUGAUCAAGAAAUGCAUGUCAUGAGUUGUGCUCGUACGUGCAAUGCAGUGCCGACACGAAUACGACAUGAAUAGCUGUCCGCGGAAUGAAAAAGGUUGCUCACGGACUGUCGGACUGUUGUUGUCUGCGGACGAGCAUUGGCACGAUUUGUCUCUA